AUGAAGCCAUCAUCAACAAGAAAAGAAGUAUACCAACGAUUAAUCAAAAUGACAAAAAAGAACAUACCUAAAGAGUUAAUAAAAAAAGAAAUUUAUAAUAAAAAUAAUUAUAAUUCUUUUAAAAUAAUUGAAGAGAAAAAUAAUAAAACAACAAACAUAUUAAAAAAGGAAAUCCAAUUAAUUAAAAUUGAUUCUAAAGAUUCAACAGAAGAAAUCAACCAAAGUUAUACUGAUGAAACAAGUAUAACUGAAGAAUGUCAGUGUGAAUAUUCUUUUGAAAAAUAUAAAGACAUGUUAUUAACAAUUAAAGAAUUAGUUAAAACAAUACACCCAAUAGCAAACACAAAAUGGAUUAAUAGAUGGAGUAACUUAAUAAUUCAUAAUUUAAUUUUUUAUGGAAUAACUGUUAAAGAAUGGAAAGAAAGUGAACAAUUUAGAGUAUUGAGUAUUGAAAAUUUACAAAGAAAAGUGGUUGAUCAAAUGAUUUUAAAAUAUAGAAAACAUGAAGUAAUAAUUAAAGCAAUAUUUGUAGACAAAGUAAGAAAAAUAAUAAGUUACAUUAAAGAACGUAAUAAAAUAACAAUUGAAGAUAUUUAUCCGUAUAUAUCAGUUCCAUCUCAUUGGGGAUAUUCUUUUGAUAUUGCUUUAUUUACAGAAAUAAUUGAAAAAGGAAAUGAAAUGUAUUUAGAAUAUAUCGAUAAUCCAAUUAUUAAAUAUUAUUUAUUAAAACAUUUUGGAGUAAUAGAUAGAGAAAAACAAAUUAAAAUUAUUAAAACAAGAUUAAAUUAUUUAACUUUAUUAUUUAAUAUAUAA